CAUCGGGGGGUUGCGGGGUGCGGAGGGCCCGCGACCGGAGAGGGACUCGCGGCAGUUCGGAUGCGCAUCGUGCGCGGACGGUGUUUCAGUUAGCGGCGAGCCGCUGUCGAGGUAGGGUCGUUUUGUCGCCGGUUUUCGACGGUGUUUCCGAUCGCAGUCGAUUCUUUAAUCUCCGCUGUUCGCGCCACGGACCAUCGUCCGUCGAUUCGCUUCCGCCGUUCGAGAAACGAGAGACGCGUUCUCGGAGAUCGUAGCGAGGGUGAAAUAAAUUUUCGCGGAUCUGUCCGAGUGUGAGAAAAAAAAAAGAAAAAACUUUCGGAGCAGAAGUGAGAGCCGGGCCGGCUCCUCAGACAGAAGUCCGGUUUCUGUGUGAACAGUGUGUUUCAUCUUAUUUUUUUUUGCGAGACUAAAUCGCGUAUGAAUAAAAUCGUCGUCGUGUCGCGUUCCAAGUCUUGGCCAGUGCCAAUAUAAUGUGAGCAGUUGGUGAGUGACAGAGAGACGAAUUCUUCAGAGUGACAAGCAACAGAAAUUUAAACGCACUCCGGUUUCAUCAUGAUCACGCGAAGCGGGGCCUAGGACAUAUCCUAACGAUCGCAGAGUGUCCCUUACCGUAGAAAGGGGAAAGUAAAGAAGGAGGACAGGAGGGAGCAGCGAGUAUCUUGCUGUGGUCGUCAACGUCGUCGCGGAGAGACGUAACAAAGAAAGAGAGAGAGACGUAACAAAGAAAGAGAGAGAGAGAGAGAGAGAGAGAGAGAGAGAGAGAGAGCGCGCGAGCGAAGAGUGGAAAAGAAAAAACGGAGCAACAUGACGGAGGAAGGGAGCUCGCGCCGACCCUGCCGACGUCCGUGGAUCGUCCUCGCGUGGACGAUCCUGGCAGCCGGGCAGCUGCCGCUCCUGCAGCAGGCCCACGGCGAGACCUACUCCGGCAAGAUGUUCUCCAGUCAGCAGAACCCGAGCGACCCGUGCUACGACGAGGAUCGGCCGCGUCGAUGCAUACCCGACUUCGUAAACGCGGCCUUCGGCGCGACCGUCGAGGCGUCGUCCACGUGCGGCACCGGCGGGCCCACCCGCUACUGCGACGUCACCGACGAGCCCGGCGGCACCACCGGCAUCGGCCACUGCCACGUGUGCGACGACAGCACGCCCCGGCGACGCUUCCCCGCCAACUACCUGACCGAUCUGAACAACCCGAACAACGUCACCUGCUGGCGCAGCGAGCCGCUCGUCAGCUCGCAGAGCUUUUCGGCGCCGCCCGACAACGUCACCCUCACCCUCUCGCUUGGCAAGAAGUACGAGCUGACGUAUGUCAGCCUGCAAUUCUGUCCGCGCGCUGCCAAGCCGGACUCGAUCGCGAUCUACAAGUCCAUGGAUUACGGCAAGACUUGGCAACCGUUCCAGUUCUACUCGUCGCAGUGCCGCCGGGUGUACGGCAGGCCGAAUCGCGCAACUAUCACUAAGGCGAACGAACAGGAGGCACGAUGCACCGACAGCCAUCGUUACACCGGCGGGGACGGCCUCGGCGUCGGCAGGAUCGCCUUCAGCACCUUGGAGGGCCGGCCGUCCGCCGCCGACUUCGACAACUCGCCGGUGCUGCAGGACUGGGUGACCGCCACCGAUAUUCGCGUGGUGUUCAACCGGCUGCACAUGCCGCAGCAGGGCCCGGAUCAGAUCGGAUCGUCGCACAACGGCGAACAGGAGCAUCACGUGGCGGCGAUUGGGCUGGAGGAACUAACAAAGCGCGAGCGAGAGCUCGAAGAACGGAUCAAGAGCCAGAAGAACGCGAUCCUGCACGCGCAGAUCGAUCCUUUGGUGACCGCGCUACCCUCGGUCCAUCAGGUGAUCGCGCCCCAGGAGAUGCAAUCGAACGACGCGCUCGACGCCGCGGUCCGGGACAUGGGCUUCGUACCGGUCACCAUCUCCUCGACCACGACCACGUUCGCCAGCGUGGCGAUGAACGGCCUCGGCCCGGCUACCGCCACCAUGGCCCACCAUUACGCGGUCUCGGACUUCGCUGUGGGCGGCAGGUGCAAGUGCAACGGACACGCGGCGCGCUGCAUCCCCGGCAAGGACGGCGAGGUCGUCUGCGAGUGCAGGCAUAACACCGCCGGCAGGGACUGCGAGCGAUGCCGGCCCUUCCACUUCGACCGGCCGUGGGCCAGGGCCACUGCCAGGGACGCCAACGAGUGCAAAGUGUGCAACUGCAACCUCCACGCGAGAAAGUGCAGAUUCAACAUGGAGCUGUACAAGCUGUCGGGCCGUGUCAGCGGAGGCGUUUGUCUGCAGUGCCGGCAUUUUACGGCAGGAAGGCACUGUCAUUACUGCCGCGAAGGUUACUACAGGGACCCGGCGAGACCGAUCACGCAUCGCAAGGCCUGCAAACCGUGUGACUGUCAUCCUAUCGGAGCUUCUGGAAAGACCUGUAACCAGAGCAGCGGCCAGUGUCCCUGCAAAGACGGCGUAACCGGUAUUACUUGCAACAGAUGCGCCAGAGGCUACCAACAGAGCAGAUCGCAUAUUGCGCCUUGCAUCAAGAUACCCAGGGUCGUGCAGACGCAGGGCACGGCUGGCGAGGAGAGCGGCGAGCAUGAGGACGACGACGACGAGCGUGGAUACGAUGGACGAGCUGAUCAGUGCGGAAAGUGUCGCGCCAGCACGAAGAGGCUAAAUCUCAACAAGUACUGCAAAAGAGACUACGCUAUUCUGGGCAGAAUAACAGACAGACACAAGAAAAGCGACGGCUCGCAAGCCGGCACAAGCGUAUCAGGCACAUCCUGGAUCCGUUUCACUCUAAACGUCGACUUUAUCUACAAGAAAAACCCUAACUCGAGGAUUCGACGUGGCGACGUGUCCCUUUAUGUUCAUUCGGCUGAUCUGGCUUGCAGAUGCCCCAAAAUCAAGCCUAAUAAGUCGUACUUGAUCCUUGGCCAAGAGAGCGACGGCAGUGGUCAAGGUGGACUCACGGUGACACAGAGGUCAAUCGUCAUCGAGUGGCGCGACGAAUGGCACCGCCGAAUGCGCCGUUUCCAACGAAGGGCGAGAUCGUGCCAUUGAGAUGCUCGUACGUCGCGGAAAGAGAGGAAGAGAUAGGAAGCAAGAUGAAGAGAAAGAAGAGCGCAAAUGAAAGAACGAGAGAAAAAGUGAGAGAGAAAGAGGAAGCAUGUGCGUGCAUGCAUGCGUCGUGUGUAUGUGAGAAUGAGAGGGAAAAAAGAAAGAGUGUGAAUGAGUGAGAGAUAGAGAGAGAAAGAGAGAAAGAAAGAGGGAGAGAAACAGAGUGGAAAAGAGAGAGAGAGAGAAGUCAAUCCCCUCCCAUCCGUGUUCGUAGGAACCUGCAUAUCUUGAUUUCCCGACCGCGAAUACCGGUAUCGGGGUGCCGAUUUUGUUUUGCGCGCGGUACUCAUCGUAGCGAUCCUACGUCGAAAGCAAGAUACGAGGAAGGAGGACGAAAGGGGAAGCAGCGAUUUUUCCAAGACGAGCACGUCCGCCCCGCGAUACAACGCGAGCAAUGCACGUUUGUAGGAAGUGCGAAGACGAUCGUUCCGUCGCGAGAUAAAAUCUCGAAGCAAUUUGCAGGCGCGAUCGAUCAGACAUAUGCUGAUGAAUGAACAACAUCUCAGACGAUCCGACGAUUAUUAAUCGAUACAUUUUUUAGUCUUCUUCUUUUUGUGUCGAUUUAAAGAACCCUAGUAGAACUUCACUGGUGAAAGUUUUUCUUAGAAUUUUUGUACGAAUUGGGAGAUUUUUCAGAAAUAUUGAGAAAGAAAAUUUCUUUCAUAAAUAUAAAAUCUGAAAUAUUCUAAGAUUUGUAUAAAAGAUCUGAGAAAAAAAUAUAAAAUCAUAUAGAAAUUUUGAAAAGUUUUGAAAAAGAAAUGAAAAAAUUUUCAGGAUUAUAAAAGUUUCCUUACAAUUUUUACAGACUCAAUUUUUAUGUAAAUUUCGAAAUUUUUUCAGAGAAUUUUUGCAUAAUUUUAAGACAUUUUAGAAAAUUUCUCCACAUUUUCAUACAAAUUCACAUGUAUGAAAAACUUUGAGAAAAGAUAUAUAUUUUCUCGGUACUCUUGAAAAGUGUUCCAAAAAAAAAA